AUGGCUCUCAAAAGUUGCGCACAGCUUGCCGCUUCUCAACUCUUUAAAGGAAGCAGCAGGACACUGGCAUCUGCACAAGCAUUGACUGUGCGUGACGCAUUGAACCAGGCGAUGGACGAGGAAAUCAAGCGUGAUGAUCGCGUGUUUUUGAUUGGAGAGGAGGUAGCACAGUAUGAUGGCGCGUAUAAGGUGUCCAAGGGACUGUGGAAGAAGUAUGGAGAUGAACGAAUUAUUGAUACACCAAUCACUGAAAUGGGAUUCACAGGUUUGGCAGUCGGCGCCGCAUUCGCUGGUCUUCGCCCAAUCUGCGAAUUUAUGACUUUCAACUUCUCCAUGCAAGCUAUCGACCAAAUAAUCAACUCCGCUGCAAAAACCUACUACAUGUCUGCAGGACGAGUGAACUGCCCAGUUGUUUUUCGCGGUGCAAACGGUGCUGCUGCAGGUGUCGCUGCUCAGCACUCUCAGGAUUUCUCCGCGUGGUUCGCUCAUUGUCCUGGGCUUAAGGUCGUCGCUCCAUAUAGUUCUGAGGACGCAAAAGGACUUUUAAAGUCUGCCAUCCGAGAUGAUAAUCCAGUUGUCUUCCUCGAGAACGAAAUUCUUUAUGGUCACUCUUUCCCCGUUUCUGAUGAAGUGCUGAAGGACGACUUUAUUAUACCUAUUGGCAAAUGUAAAAUUGAAAGGCCAGGAGAUCACAUCACUAUUGUUUCAUUUUCAAAAGGUGUUGAAUUGUCCCUCGAAGCAGCGAAGCAGCUCGAAGCUAUUGGAGUUUCUGCUGAAGUGAUCAAUCUUCGCACGUUACGUCCACUCGAUUUUGAAACCAUCAAGAAUUCUAUAAUGAAAACACAUCACCUUGUGACCGUUGAACAAGGCUGGCCAUUUGCAGGUGUUGGAGCAGAAAUCUGUGCACAAGUAAACGAAUCACCGGCAUGGGAUUAUUUGGAUGCUCCAAUCCUUCGUGUAACAGGAGUAGAUGUGCCAAUGCCAUACGCUCAUCACCUCGAAGACGCUGCCCUUCCGCAAGUAGAACACGUGUUUGCGACGUGCAAGAAGAGUCUCAACAUCCAGUAA